GUGCGGCUCAGUCGCCUCUCAUGUUGGUGGAAAACUCGGCGCGUCACUGGUCGUUCGUCGGCCCGGCGUUUCGCAUCACACCUCGCACAGACGCAUGUACUUAACUUUAUGCCACGGGCAGCGUUUGGUGUCAAAUGUGAUAUAUUAUGUCUUUUACAUUCUGUGAUAUUUGGGGCAGACUGUCAAAAGCGCGCUCUCUACCAGUUCGUCUAAAUGACAGGACACUGAACUAGUAAAAUACAUCAAUGGCCAUUCAUAUGAAUGUAGAUUUGGAUUACUUUAACCAAGUAGCCUGUAGAUCUUGUCCUCAUCCAGUUUAUGAGUUUCAUUUUACACAUCACUGCAUGGAAUGAGAUAGUCUGAACCACUCCGGGACCAUAGUGGAACAUCGCGCAACCUGUGUUUGAUACGGUGUCUCAGGACGCUUCAUUGGCGGGACCUAUUGGAAGAUAUCUGUCUGGCCUCUCUAUUCAGACUCGUGUCCGAGGACAGUUCAUUUUGUCGUAACCUAUUGGGACAUACCUGUCUAUUCUUUAUUCAGACGGGUGUCCGAGGACGCUUUAUUGGCGGGAACUAUUGGCACAUCCCUGCCUUGUCUCUUUUCAGACGGGUGUCUCAUGGCGUACUGCUAACGUUGGAUUUGGCGGGGGCUGCAGAGAAGGUUUUUAGAAUCAAUGGAAUACUGACUCUAGACUCUUGACUCAAAAUGAUAUCAGUGUCAGCUCUUUCUUCAUAUCGGAUUACGUAAGAGAGGGAAUCUUUCAGCGCGGAUGAGACUGACUUUGUGAGCACAUUGUGACUAUUCCUUCAAAAUGUGGAUGUGCCGUACAACUUUACUCUGCGCACUGGUGGUGCUGUUUGUGUCUGUGAUACGUGCCCAAUGGACGCCUUGGAGUCGUUGGAGCAGCUGUACGAAACUCUGUGAUGGCGGCGUGACCAAGCAGGUCAGACAAUGUGCAUCUGUGGAAGACUGCAAAGGGCCUCGUUCAAGAUUUAAACUUUGUAACACCCAGCCAUGUCCCGAGAACUCCGUAGAUUUUCGAGAUUUGCAAUGUGCGGGUUACAACACCAAGCGAUCACAUGAAGAGUGGGUCGCCUACCACAACACAAGUUUACCGUGCACGCUGGUCUGUCGUGGCCUGGGGACAGGGAUCAUUGAAGAGAAAAGCCGCCAUGUUGUUGAUGGUACGAGAUGCCUGCACAGAAAGGAUGCCAUCUGCCUCCGGGGUGUGUGCAAGGAUUUAGGUUGUGAUGGAACCUUAGACCACGAAGCCCAGGUCGACCAUUGUGGUGUAUGCAGAGGUGAUGGUUCAUCGUGCAGCCGAUACGUAUGGGUGGAAGACGAGUUCUCCCCUUGUACUGUCACCUGUGGUGUAGGCCGGCAAACGCAGAACUUUUACUGCAAAGAUGUCAAACGAGACAGAAGGGUGAAAACGAGAAAGUGUGAUCCGACGUUGAAACCUUCGAGACAAAUCAAAACCUGUGAUAUAGGAGCGUGCACACCAGAAUGGGUCAAUGAAGAUUGGAGCGAAUGCAGCCAGUCCUGCGGCAAGGGUAUUCGAGUGAGGGACGUGUUUUGUGGACUGAGGAAGCCCUCGGGAAUGUUCAAGAGACUAGACCUCUCUAGGUGUGCAACCAAGCGGCCGGAGGCGACCAGACAGUGCAACGAAGGGAACUGUCCCGUGUGGCACACACGGAAGUGGUCAAGGUGUUCCGUAACAUGUGGUGUUGGGAUGCGGUAUAGAAAGGUCUACUGCAGCUCCUCGCGGCUCCUUUGCCCGCCGUCAGAGUACCCAUUGUCAGCCAUAACCUGUCACACUGGGGUCGUCUGCCCGUAUGCAAACAAGACAGAAUUUGAUGAUUAUCCAUCUAAGGAGGCAGAAGUCAUUUCAGGCGAAUUCCAGUUUGCUGAUGACCUGAGUGAGAAGUCCAGCAUGAAAUCGAUGCCAGCGAAGGCGGCAUUGCCGUAUGCCAGUAACCUGUAUGACGAGCCACAGGCUGACAAACCACCACCAGUCAAGUCAAAACCAGCAUGGGCCAUCAUCCUUAAGGGUCCAUGCAGUACCACCUGUGGGCCAGGAAUCCGGGCUGUAACAAUUGAAUGUCGCCAUUACAACUAUCGGACAAAUACAUUCCAGACCGCUCCAACAUACAAGUGUUUAACUGCUGGCCCUCGACCAUCGGAUAUUGAGGAGUGUAAGAACAAGCCGUGCCUGAAACCUGAAGUAGACAUCCCUGGUUUAGAUAACAAACUUUCGCCGAAGAGAGUGACGUAUCUCUGGCGAUAUGCUGGCUUCAAGUCGUGCAGUGCAUCAUGCUUAGGAGGCGUUCGGGAGGCGAUAAUCGACUGUCUUCAAGAUACAACGCACAACUCAGUCAGCCUGAUCUACUGUGAUCCAACCAGGAGACCCGCGCCAAUCACGAGACCAUGCAAUAAUGUACCAUGCCCUCCAUCGUGGGUAGUGAAACACUACGGCGAAUGCUCUGUCACCUGUGGCGGAGGCGUGGUCAAGCUCCAUGUGGAGUGUGUCCAGCGGUAUGGUCCCAGCGAGCAUGAGAAGGUCGUCCUCCCCUCAUAUCGUUGUGGUCUUGAUGAACUCCCCAAGAAGGGACGCUACUGUGCCGAAGUCCCUUGUCCAAGAGUGUGGAUCACUGGAUCGUGGUCAGCGUGCACCCCAAUGUGUGGCCAAGGUCUCCAUAUGCGCGACGUCUACUGUCAACAGAAGAUGGCUAACGGUACAAUGAGAAAACUGUGGGGACCAGAUGAGUUGCUGUGUCCAGAACCAAGGCCCGAUGCAUGGAAGUCUUGCAAGAACACCGAAUGUGGUGGUGGUGGCAGAACCACGAAUGAAGUGCAGGUCAAACCGCCGGAGAUCUUCGAAGACAACACUAAACUCGUCCAGACGAGGAAGACAAAGCGGAUGAAGUUAGUGGUAGGCGGUGACAACACGAUCAUACCUGGGACUUCUUUGAUCGUCUCAUGCCCCGUGAAAAACUUCAAGAAGAAACAGCUGAAGUGGACAAAGGCAGGCCGCCAGAUCAAACAGGUUGGCCGGGUGAGGAAGAGCAAGUCUGGAGUGUUGAUGAUCGUACGAUCCCGCCCGAGAGACACUGGGGUGUACGCCUGCGAAGCCGGGGCCGCCAAGUCUAACAUCAGUGUCCAUUUCCACAGUGCCCACGUGGGCUACUCACUCUUCGUGCAGCGGAAGAAGUAUCUGAACCACAGAGCAAAGAUGCUGGAUCAAGCCACGUCGAGGAACAGCUUCCUCUCCGAUGCGUGGACUGCGCAGAAUACCUUUAAUUAUUCGAUGACUCCGUACGACGUCGUCACAGGAGACUGGAGUCACUGUUCAUCCACCUGCGGAGGCAACGGACUACAGAUUCGACCAAUAUCUUGUGAGAUCAUCAUGGAAGAGUACUUCAAGGUUGUUCCUGAAGACAUGUGUGCGAGGAAUAUACCUAAGAAGCUGGAGACGAAGAAGCCGUGUGGCCAGGGAGAAUGUCCGCACUGGAUGACAAAAGGUUGGAAGAAAAAGUGCUCCAACAAAUGUGUGGGUGAAAGACUGGCUGUACAGCAUCGCAGAGCUCACUGCAUCUACAACAAUGGCACCAAGCUUGACUUCAAGAACUGUUCGCAGUCGGAUAUGCCGUCUAUGGAGCGAGAAUGUACCAACGGACGCUGUGAAGCGCAUUGGAGAGUCUCACCGUGGUCAACAUGUUCUGUGAAGUGUGGUGGCAAGGGAAUCCGGACCCGUGUUCUUCAGUGUGUGUGGAAAGCGGGUAAGAAACCUGCCGGGAGAGCUUGUCAACACAAAGAUAGACCAGUGGUCAAGAAGCAUUGCCAGGCUCCGCCAUGUUCAGCGAGAACCACGCCUAAACCUAGCAAACAUAGACCCAAAUCUAAAGAAUGCGCAGACCGUUCACCCUAUUGUUCCAUAGCCAAGAAGAUGAAGCUAUGCCGCUACCAGGCCUACCUAAAACUGUGCUGCAAGACAUGCUAUGGGUCCCGAUUAUGACGAGACGACGCUGGAAUGGACUAUUAGCAUCAAAGUUCUCGAAUUCAAUGUCCGUAGAAGGGAUAUCAGUAUUUCAUAAGAGAGCGAAGCCUGCACGAUGAAGAAAUGAUACGGUGCAGAGCAAAGGAAAUGGUCUGGAAAUGUGGAUAUCAAUGAAGGUGGUCAAGUGUUAUUUUGCGUUAAUAACACAUUUGACAACUGUGUAUGCCAGGCCUUCUCCAGGUCUGGUGGGAAUACGAAGAUUGACCGCGGUCUUGGCCCAUCUCUCGCAAUGGAAAAUGGCAAUUGACCAUCCUCUUCAGCCGAAUUGAAUCUAACGCACGACUCGGUCUCCGACGCGCGAUCAAAGCCUGGGCGCCGACCUAAUCAUAGUUCAUUAAUCGGCGUCAGGAUGACGCCGAUGGCACUGAGUAGAUCAGAGUACGAAUUCGGCUUUACACUAACAUCCUCAAAUGGCGUCAAGGAUAGUUAAGACCGUCAAAUAAACUCAAUCUCAUUGACAGUACGAAAAUAUCAUAACAUACGAAUGCAUGACAACAUCCAAUCAACUGUCUCUCUUCAGAAAUCUACAUUGAUGUCACUAAACUACACACAACAAACUCGUGUAAAAGAAAUGGAGGUCAUCGUUUUCAUCGUCGCAUGCUCGCCUUACCGGCAUAUCGUCAUCUGCAUUAUGUUCAUUUUAUUAUUUUCGACCAGUAAGAUGCUACUUAGACUUUCCAAGCAAUUCUGUAAAUGGCGAUCUUCUAACUUUGUGUAACUUGAGCUUGGAUGCCGCCCCAUCACUAAAAGAGAAGCCAAAGGAUCCCAAUUAAAGGAAUAUGGACAUCGCUUAUUUUACAUAAUGCAUACAGCUGUAGGCUACGUCUCUGUAAUAGCAAAGUAUAGCAACCUAACUUAAAUUCCAAUGUAAAUAUCUUUGUAUAUGGUGCUUCUUUAGAACUAUCUAUUAAACAAGUAUUUGUAUGAUACGUUUCAGUAUAAAUAUUCAUAUCGAUGUACCCGUAGGCCUUUUUGAAUGUACAUGUAGUUGUUUCUAAACCCUCUUCUUAUAGAGAUUGUGUCGAUAACGUGGGCAAGUCGUAUGCCACCUGCUGUGAGAUCCAUCCACGACCAGAACGAUCAUAGUGGUUGACCACAACCAAUCAAAACUCGGACUAGCAACAGAGGUUUCUUUGCGAUUCCGUUAGCUUCUCUUUAAUAAACGUUGAGGUUUAUGAUAGAUUAUAGUGCAUUUUGAAUGUGGUGAUGUGGGAAAUGAACUACCGUAUUAUCGCUUUAGCAUAUUUACUCUGCUUGGAUACGAAGUAGGUUUCCGCAAAGUUUUCUUUGAGUCACGGUGCCCAACAGGCCAAAUGAAUAUACAAGUAACUGGCCAAAACUGACCGGCCCGAAUAUUUCUAUGAAGACUUUUAUCAGGUUGUCCGUUCAUUCCUCAAUUGCGACAGCCACAAAAGAUGCCAACAACAAGCCUAUGGCUACGGGAAUCCCACAUUGCGUGACGGUCGGUGUGGGCAUCGUGUGUCGCAUGAAUGGUUCAAGGUUCCAAAAUUAGCUUAUUAAUAUCAAAAGGGAUGUAAAUAUCAGUCCCUCGUUACUGGCCAGUUUUAGAUUCUUAAUGUAGUUGUACUCUUAAAGAUAAAUAGCCAUGCUGACAGCUUGGUACGGUAUUUUUUACAUUUAUAUGUUUAUUGAUGAAGAUGUCGUAUACUAUCCAUAGAUGAGUUCAUAAUCAAAUAUAUGUAUA